GAUCCCCAUCUCCAUCCACUCCCUCCACCCUCUCUCACUCACUUUCGUACACUCAGAGACACAACACUCGCAGAAAUGGCGACCCUAAUCUCCACUUCCAUUUUUACCCCUCUCACAUUCCUCAAUUUACUUCUCCUCUCCUCCCAAACCCUCCCCGUCGCCUCCCUUAACAUCACCCAAAUCCUCGCCCCAUUCCCGGAUCUCUCCGCCUUCGCCGCCCUCCUCACCUCCACCGCGGUCGCCGGCGAUCUAUCCAACCUCUCCGCCGUCACAGUCCUCGCCGUCCCCAACUCCUACCUCCGCUCCGACCGACCGCCGGCUUCCGGUACCAAUCUCGCCGAUGUCCUCCGCUACCACAUCCUCCUCCAGUACCUCUCGCUUUCCGACCUCCGCCGCGCCCCGCCGACGGGGAAAUUAAUGACGACGCUGCUACAGACGACCGGCCGGGCGGCGGAUAAGUUCGCCGCCGUGAACAUCACCUUCGACGCCGCCUCCGCCGCCGUGACUUUCCACUCCCCGUCCUCGAACGCCUCUCUGAUUUCCCCAAUUGAAACCCUACCGUACAACCUCUCCAUCCUCUCCAUCGAUUCGCUGCUGGUACCGUACAAUAUGAACCUCAUGGCGUCGGAGACCCGCCCUCCGGUGGGGCUGAACAUCACCAAAUCCCUAAUCGACGGCCACAGCUUCAACGUGGCGGCGUCGAUGCUCUCCGCCUCCGGUUUAGUCUCCGAAUUCGAAGCCGACGAGGCCGGCGCCGGAAUCACCCUCUUCGCCCCCACCGACGAAGCUUUCUCCGAUCUGCCGCCGUCCGUACGAUUCCAAUCCCUACCGGCGGAGAAGAAGGCGGCCGUACUCCGGUUCCACGUGCUCCAUUCCUACUACCCGCUCGGCUCCCUCGAGUCCAUCGUGAACCCGGUUUACCCGACCCUGGCAACCGAGCAAAACGGGGCGGGUAGUUUCACCGUCAACAUCUCCCGGGUUAACGGGUCGGUCGCAAUCGACACGGGUAUUGUACAGGCGGCGGUUACCCAAACGGUUUGCGAUCAAAACCCGGUCGCCAUUUUUGGCGUCUCCAAGGUUCUGCUCCCCAAGGAAUUCUUCGGGAAGAAUCCAAUCGGUAUGAACGAGAACGAGCCUAGCCACGCCGGCGGAGCGAUCAACCCAGCUCCGCCGCCGGAAAUAGCGCUCCCGCCGCAGUAUCCCGCCGUGUACGGUCCGCCCAGCCAUAUAACCUCCCCGCCGGGGCUGGAACUCCGGGCGGCGGCGGCGGCGGUGGCGCGUGGGGAAUUAUUAGCUCUGAGAGUUGGCGUUUUCCGGUGGUGGUGUUGCGUUAUACUGUUUUGUCAUCUAAUCCUGCUGCUGUGAGAUCAUCAAUUCGAUUAUUCCCCACCAUGGGAGUGAAUUCAACCCUUGACAGCUGCAUUUGAUCCAUCCUGCAGAAGCCAUUUUUCAACUGGGAUUCGUCGAUUGAAUGAGUUUCCUGCCAUUAAUGGAGUGCUGUAAAAGCUGUAGAAGGUUAGUGUUUGCGUGAUGACAGUUGAGAAGAAAGAAGCUUUGGGGAAAGUAAAUCCUUUGCAGAAAUGGCGAUGAAAAGUAACUUAUGUUUCAAGUACCCACAGCCUGCUGCUUUUCUUUUGCUGGCCUUAAUAUUAAAUUGCUUCCAUUUUUUGAACAUACAUUAUGCUUGAUUAUUUUUGGUACUUUCUUCUGUCUCUUGGACAGCAUACGGUGUUACUAAAUAAAAAAAUAUGUAUUCAAUAAUACAAAUAUUACGGCACAUGAACAAAAAAGCACAUGUUAUAGUUUUAUACAACACAUAUAUAGACAA